CCCAUCCCUUUCCUAUCUCAAGAAAGUAUAGAGGCCUGCAUAGAGCAGAACACCCCGGCGACGACUUCAUUUUCCAAGAGUUACCUUUGGCUUGGGAGUCACAGGCAGUAUGGGCACCGGCUACUGCGCUCGUUGUAUAGCCAUAUCUCUGAUACCUCUGGCACUUACCUCCAUGGCAGCCAGUCUCGCUUUGCUCUUCCCAAAUGGAGAAACUGUCUACUUAAUGGAGAAGCAUAUCACCUGGACGGCCACGGUUCAGGCCGGACUUUGGGGAAGCGGAUUAUUGAUCAUUGUCGUUUCUUGGCAGAUCAACGCUGCUGCUGUUGGCGAUGGCUGUUGCUGUUUCUGCGCCGCCUCCAGGCUGAAGAUGUUUGCCUCCAUCUUUUACUCCUUAUUAGCAAUUGUUGGCUCAGCACUUUGUUUUGGUAUAUCUAUCAUUGGACUUGCAGAGGGACCUCUUUGCUUAUUCAGUGUCACCUUACCCAACAAGAGCCAUGUUCAGCUGUGGGAUUACCCAUUCCAGGAGAGGAAUGUCAGUGCUGUAAACUACCUACAUGACUCUUCACGCUGGAGAACUUGUGAGGAACCCGAGAACAUUGUGGUCUGGAAUAUAACACUCUUCUCCAUACUCCUUGUAGUCAGUAGCCUGGAGGCUCUUAUAUGUAGCUUUCAGAUCAUAAAUGGAUUUUUUGGUUGUAUUUUUGGUAGAUAGCAGCUUGUUGGUGACAUAUUGACCUCCUGAACAUCACAGGCUUGUUUCAUUGGUUGGAACCCUCAUAUAAUUGAAACUAAUCAGCUUGCUUGUUACUUGUUACAUACACCUGUUAGGGUGCAUUCUCCAGAUACGUUAUAAGGUAACCGUAGCCUUCAGCCAGGAGCAGAUGUCAUCAGGUGUUUCCCAACUUUCACCGAGUGUUUCGACCCUUAACCACGACACUCUCCAGUUGGUGGGCUGGCAGUGGUGGCCAAAUCACUGCCCAUCUGCUCCUGGCUUCCAGCUCCCCUCCUCUCGCCUACUCCAAAUCCAACAAGAGGCUCGUUCUGCCUCUUCCCCCAUCCUAAGAGCUGCUUGUUUUUUGCUCCUUUUGUCCAGGCCCAGAUCUGACAACAACCGCCAUGCUGAUUUGACUGGGAAACCUCUGCAGCCGAUCUCCACAGGGAACAACCAUGCCUGCCAUCCCUUGUCUUUACACUCCUGCAGUAAGGGCUGGUACUUCAAGGCCUUUCUCUCGUGGGCCUUUUCCCAUCCCUCCUCCCACGGCACAGUCAGCUCAACCAGAAUUAUUUUCCUGUCUUCGGUUGACCACAGUACAAUGUCCGGGCGUAGGGUUGUGUGCACCACAUCCGGGAACUGCAAUCUCCUUCCCACAUUGACCCUCAUCUCCCAAAACCUGGCUGUUAGCAGCAGAUUGGUCUUUGGUUGUUUGGUUACGAAAGGCCUGACUCCCUCUUUGAUGAAGGUGAUGGCCUUCCUCAAAUCUGUGCCAGCUGUCCUCUUCUUGCAUCUCUCUCGCUCUAGUGUGUCGGCAAGAGCCAGAAGCACCUUAUCAUGGCGCCACCUAUACCGUCCUUGAGUUAGAGCUGUUUUACACCCAGACAGUAUAUGAGCCAGUGUCCCCUUUUGACCACAGAGCUUACAGUUCGGGUCCUCUCUCAUCCCCCAUGUGUAUAGAUGUAAUGGGGAAGGAUGAGAGUCAUACACCGAUCGCAAGAGGAAGGAAAUACGGAAGGGCUCCAGUCUCCAUAACUCUGCCCAUGAGAUCUUGCGCUUGGGCAGAUCUCAUUUUGUCCAAUUUUUAUCCCACCCAAUAGAUUCGUGUAGCUUCUUCAAUCCUCCACUAGACCAAUGUUAUUAAAUUAAACACAAAUAAACUGUGAUAUUCCUCUAAAUGUUAAUGUUUGUCUAUUACUUCAGUCUUGAUCUGGCCACACAACUAA